AUGACGAAGAUUGAAGCUGCUACGUCUGGAAGAGGAUUGGAUUUAGGAGUUAUUAAGGUUGUGAAAGAUGAUUAUGGAAAUUGGAAAAUGACAGUUCGUGGACUGGAGUUUCCUUCCUUGUCACCAAACCUUCUUGCAUCGGGUGCCGAAGAAGGUGAAAUUUGUAUAUGGGAUUUGGCUAAACCAACGGAGCCGAAGAAUUUUCUUUCUCUCAAGUUGCCUAUUUGCGUUGUAUUUUUUGAAGCAAUCUUUGUUUUUUAUGAGCAGGGUAUGGAAAUAAAUUUGUUCCAACCUGCUAGAGAGUUCAUACCAAUGAUCAAUGAGGUUUUCAGGACCCUUGUUGAGGUAACGAAGGAUAUCCCAGGGGCAUCUGUGGAAAAUCAUAAAUUUUGUACUUCUGUACAUUAUCGUAACUUUGAUGAGAAGAGCUGGCCUAUGAUUGCACAACGUGUUCAUGAUAUCUUGAAAGAUUAUCCUCGUUUGACAUUAACUCACAGACGGAAGGUUUUAGAGGUCCGUCCUUUGAUUGAUUGGGACAAAGGGAAAGCGGUUGAAUUUUUACUCGAAUCGCUUGGGCUAAGCAAUGCUAAUGAUGUGCUUCCAAUUUAUAUUGGGGAAGAUAGAACAGACGAAGAUGCAUUCAAGGUGUUAAGAGAAGGAAACCGAGGUUAUGGGAUUCUGGUAUCUUCGGUACCCAAAGAAAGCAAAGCUUUCUUGUCUCUUCGGGACACUUCAGAGGUCAAACAGUUCCUUAAAUCGUUAGUUCGAUGGAAGGAACAAAUGUCUAAUGUUGGCAGUUAA